CGGCUUCUCCCGCUGAGAACUGACAGCGCCGGCUCCGUGCGGCUGCGGGGACCGUCCCCGAGGGAUUACAAUGGUUGACACAGAAAUGCCGUUUUGGCCCCUGAAUUUUGGAAUCAGCCCCGUGGAUCUGUCAGCCAUGGAUGAUCACACACAUUCCUUUGACAUCAAGCCCUUCACCACCGUUGACUUCUCCAGCAUUUCCUCCCCACACUAUGAAGAUCUUCCCCUUGCCAGAGCUGACCAGUCAGGCCUGGGUUAUAAAUAUGAUAUCAAGCUCCAGGAUUGCCAAAGUGCCAUCAAGCUGGAGCCUCCUUCCCCACCCUAUUUCUCAGAGAAGGUUCAGCUGUACAGCAAAGCUCACGAGGAGGCGUCCAACUCGCUGAUGGCCAUCGAGUGCCGCGUGUGCGGCGACAAAGCCUCCGGCUUCCACUACGGCGUGCACGCCUGCGAGGGCUGCAAGGGCUUUUUCCGAAGGACCAUCCGGUUGAAGCUGAUUUACGACAGGUGCGAUCUGAACUGCCGCAUCCACAAGAAGAGCAGAAACAAAUGUCAGUACUGCAGGUUCCAGAAGUGCCUGGCUGUUGGGAUGUCACACAAUGCCAUCAGGUUCGGGCGGAUGCCCCAGGCGGAGAAGGAGAAGCUGCUGGCGGAGAUCUCCAGCGACAUCGAGCAGCUGAACCCCGAGUCCGCCGACCUGCGCGCGCUGGCCAAGCACCUCUACGACUCCUACAUCAAGUCCUUCCCUCUGACCAAAGCCAAGGCGAGGGCCAUCCUGACAGGAAAGACGACAGACAAAUCACCCUUUGUUAUUUAUGACAUGAACUCUUUGAUGAUGGGAGAAGACCAGAUCAAGUGCAAGCACGUGUCCCCCCUGCAGGAGGAGAACAAGGAGGUGGCCAUCCGCAUCUUCCAGCGCUGCCAGUUCCGCUCCGUGGAGGCCGUGCAGGAGAUCACCGAGUUCGCCAAGAACAUCCCGGGCUUUGUCAACCUCGACCUCAACGACCAAGUGACUCUGCUGAAGUACGGGGUCCAUGAGAUCAUCUACACCCUGCUGGCCUCUCUGAUGAAUAAGGAUGGGGUUCUCAUAUCCGAUGGACAAGGGUUCAUGACGCGGGAGUUCCUGAAGAGCCUGAGGAAACCUUUCUGUGACUUUAUGGAGCCCAAGUUUGAGUUUGCUGUGAAGUUCAAUGCACUGGAAUUAGAUGACAGUGACCUGGCAAUAUUUAUAGCUGUCAUUAUCCUAAGUGGAGACCGCCCGGGGUUGCUAAAUGUGAAGCCCAUUGAAGACAUUCAGGACAACCUUUUGCAAGCCCUGGAGCUGCAGCUGAAGCUGAACCACCCCGAGUCCUCGCAGCUGUUUGCAAAGCUGCUGCAGAAAAUGACGGACCUGAGGCAGAUCGUCACGGAGCACGUGCAGCUCCUGCAGGUCAUCAAGAAAACCGAGACGGACAUGAGCCUCCAUCCUCUGCUACAAGAGAUCUACAAGGACCUGUAUUAAUGAGCAGAGCAGCUGUUGAUCCCCUGACACGAUGUAUGUUCUUCAGAUUGCACUAUUUCUAUGAGGGAAAAACUUGGCGUACCUAAGAGAUUACUGUGAAACAGCAUUUAAAAAGAGAGAGCUUAGUAUAGUAGAUCUAUUUUAUGCAUAUUGUUUAUAAAGACACAUUUACAAUUUACUUUUAAUAUUAAAAGUAUCUAUAUCAUGAAAUUGUUGGCAGUAUUUUCAGAAUUAAUUUUUUUAACUACGUUAUUUCCUAAAAUUGCUGUCCGAGUAUGAUCGAUGCUUCACUCAAGCAUGCAGUUAAAAUUUCAACUAAAUAAAAACCUUUCUCCUUGAGCAUU